AUGGCGGGUCUAAAAAUUAGCACUACAUCUCUUUACUCUAACAAUUUAUUAAGUAAGGUAAAGGAUAACACACACACACAGAGAGAGAGAGAGAGCAAAAUCAAGGGUAUUUCCCUCUUUUCUGGGGUUGGUGUCUCUAAUGCUUAUCUAAAAGACAUAGGUAUCGAAAUAGUAGCAGCAAAUGAACUACUAGAAAAACGAGCAGAAUUCUACAAACAUUUAUAUCCCAAAUCAAAUAUGAUUAUUGGGGAUAUUAGGGAUGAAAAAGUAUUUAAACAAAUCUUAACUUUUGCUAUUAAAGAAAAGGUGCAACUCCUUUUAAUCACUCCUCCUUGUCAAGGAUUUAGUUUAAUAGGAAAAAACAAGAAUGAAGAACAAAUUCUUGCUGAUGAAAGCAAUUUCUUAAUCUUUAAGGCAAUUGAAUUAAUUGAGAAAUGUGAUUUUGAUUACAUUCUAAUCGAAAAUGUUCCUCGGUUUUUAACAGUUUCUUUUCCUUACAAAAGUGCUUUUAAAUCUCUAACUGAAAUUCUUGUUGAUAAGUUUUCUAAUGAAUACCACAUUGAAGGCAAUAUUUUAAAUGCUAGGGAUUAUGGAGUUCCCCAAAAUCGACCAAGAGCAAUCGUAAAGCUUUACAAAAAGAAAUAUUCUUGGUCUUGA